AUCCUCACCUGAAGCUUCUUAAACGGGAAGCUAUGAGGUUGAGAAGAGAAGCUACCAUUGGUAAUUUUGUUGAUCGGGAAUCAGAGCGUCCUCUUCUUGUUGCAAGCGAUUUUUUGGCACUAGCUGAGAGAUCUUUCGAGUCAGAACCCGUUCUGAAGAAGAAACGCAAAACAAGACAGAAGAAGGCAGAUGCAGAGGGCGAGAGUGAAGCAGUUUGUGCUGAUACAGAGAGACAACCAAAGAGGCGGAGAAAAGGAUUAGAGAGAUGCUCAGGAGAUGUAUGUAGACAAGAGAAUGGGACUGAAGAGACUGGAAAGGAGAAGAAACAAAGACGAAAAUGCAAAGCUGUCGCAGGAACAUCAUCAGAUAACAGCACUGUGACAACCAACUCCAACUGCUCUCAAGUAAAUUGA